AUGGACAGUAUUCUUUGUGGAACUAAACCCGAAAUUUUGAAUCUUUUGGAACAUCCACAGUGUCUUCAGGGGAAAAAUUGUCUCGGCCAAACAGCGAUUCACGUCGCUAUAUUACGGCCAGAUGUGCUUUCGACGCUAUUGCAGACAUAUUCCAAGUUCGAUGUCGCAGAUAUUAAUGAAGCCGACUUCUGUGGUAACAGCCCUCUAGAUUAUGCGGCAGCCUAUGGGUACACUGAUUCCGUGAUUCAACUUCUCAGGGCAGGAGCGGAUCCAUUGAAAGACGGGCAUCUCAGAUUUCUGCACUGGGCUUUAUUUUGGGAUCACUGGGACGUCGCAAAGAAAGUUUUUGCAUUUUUCCGCACAACUGCACACUUCUCUAGUGCAUUCCUGAAAAUUGAACUACAUCAUCUCAUGGAAAGGGUGCCGGGUCAUUCAGAUAUGUCUCGUUGGUGGCGGCGAGCUUACUGGGGAAGAUCGCCCGAGUUUCUUGAAAGGAUGUUCAGUCUAGGAGUAGACAGGAAUAUUCUAUUCGAAAACGGCAACACCUUACUGCAUUAUGCUAAAGAUUCAAAGUGGAUAGAUUGCGUUUUCAAUGCAGGGUUUCAGCAAAUUGACCACCGGAAUAAUGAAGGCGAAACUGCUCUCAUGGAUCUCAUUCCAGAUGGUAGUGAGCUUGUCGGACAUCCUCUAACGCAAGGCUGCAGUGUCAACCAUCAGAACAACAGAGGUGAAACUGCUUUGCAAAAAGCAUUUGCAAAAGAAGAAUUUCAUCGAGUUCCAACUUCAGUUGGCGGAACUACUGCAACUCUCAAAUCCUUUUACCACGAGUCAAUGUCAAAUGAUCUUGCCACCAUAGCAAAACUUCUUCAUCACGGUGCAGCUACUUCGAUUCACGACAAGUGUCGUUGCCCUUGUGCUCCUGACGGAUGCCCCCCAGUUCGUCAAUUGCUUCGCCUCCAUGGACAAUCAAUAGCAUAUAUAUGGAUUAUGGAAUGCUUACUUAUGCUGAUUGAUAUCCAAGGACAGCCAGUCGCACAAAAGGCACUGUUUGAGAUAAAACGAGUACACGAAUUUGAAGUAGCUGACAUGAGCCAUGUCUGCUGCAAUAGAGAGCCCAGUCGCCCCAAUGAACCCCUGGAUGAUGCAGAAAUCGAUGAAAUUAUCGACGAAGAAAAAGAGUUUGUGGAACUUCUAGAAAAGAAAAUGAAAGAUCCAGCCACCAGCCCAGACAAGAAUUCGAUUGAAGAGAGCUGGCUCACUUUGCUCCCUCACUUUCGGACUCCAGACAAGCCCUUUAGACGCGAGGAAUACUGGAGAUCGUGUGACCCCUAUUCAAUGUAUCUUUCUGAACAAGUUCCAUUGACAUCUGACACCUUGUUAUCGCAUGGCAUCACGAGAAUGCUGAAUAUCACUCGCGCCGAGGAAGAGAAAGACCAGUACUGGACCUUGGUAGAAGCUACAGAUGGACAUGCAAUGCCGCCAAGUUCAAUCUACCCUGCCUGGGUUGAGUGGGUUUAUAAAAAUCCAGACAAAUACGAUUACCCAUUUCCAGUGGACAGAAACUGGUAUGAAAGAAGGAAGUAUUGGGCUACUCGACAGGCUGAGGUUCUUGAGGGGCUAUCUUGA